AUGGCAGAGACAACACAAGAGACUCAUCCUCCUGCAAAGGAUUCACCAUUUUCUAUAAAGAACUUGCUUAACUGUGAUAGCAAGCCUUCCAAACCAAAGACAAUACUCGAUACAUCGAAAGGACUUUUGGAUGGGGGCUUUUCGCUCUCUAGAGUUGGUGACUUAAGUUUUCCUCGCUUUGAGAUACCAGUGCAAAGGUUCGGAUUACCGGCGCACUAUCUAGAGCGGACGUCUGCGUGGUGGUAUCCAUAUGCUCUUAGUUCAUCCGGACACUUACACAGAUCUUCAGUCUCAGAGAAGAUCAACAUUAGAGACUCGUCGCCGGCGUCCGGCACAGACAGAGAUUCGCCAGAACCGCUGUUAAAACCUGACCCAGACGCCAAAGACGACGAUGACAACAAAAGCACAGACGAAAUCAUUCUGGAGGAAAGCGAUUUUGAAGAACCAAAGAGGGAGGAAGGACAAGACGAUUGGAAGAAAUCCGAGGAAAGCCCGGAUAAGAAACCUUGUAGGAAAAAGAAGACACGCACUGUCUUUUCCCGGAGUCAGGUGUUUCAGCUGGAGUCGACCUUUGACAUGAAACGUUACCUGAGCAGCUCUGAAAGGGCCGGCUUGGCGGCAUCCUUACAUCUGACAGAGACUCAAGUCAAAAUCUGGUUCCAAAACAGACGGAACAAAUGGAAGAGACAACUGGCAGCGGAGCUGGAAGCUGCAAAUUUGAGUCACGCUGCGGCGCAGAGAAUAGUGCGAGUGCCUAUUCUGUACCAUGAGAACUCUGCGUCAGAAAGUGUAAAUAGUGCAGGCAACGUGCCAACGAGUCAGUCCCUCCUGACAUUUCCCCAUCCUGUGUAUUAUACUCAUCCCAUUGUCACAUCGGUGCCACUGCUGAGGCCUGUCUGA